UUUCCCUUCUUUAUUUGUUCAAUUGAUGCAGGGGGCCGGUAAGAUGAACUAACCUCGCGAUAGAACGCCAUGCGAGCAAAAUAUACACUAGGAACAUGUUCGAGCAGUUUGGCGAGCUCCUAGUUGAAGGAACCGCGUACAAUGUCACUGAAGUCGAUAGGAUGAGGAGAUACAUCACCACUCACAAUAAUGCAGCGAAAAGGGAGAAGUGGAGCAGGGUUGCGUACGAGGUAACAAUAAACGAAGAUAUGUCGAUCUUCAGUUGCGAAUGCGGCCAGUUCGAGCAUACUGGCAUGCUUUGCAGCCAUUCGUUGAGGGUGAUGGAAAUUCUUCACAUGGAGGAGAUCCCGAAGCAUCACAUCAUGAAGCGAUGGAUGAGGGAUGUGAGAGAUGUACUGCCUGGGCACCUGGUUCAGUACCAGAAAGACAGUUCGCAAAACCUGUCAUUCACAUGCAGGCAUGCAACUCUAUAUGUGAAAGCUAUGGAGGUCGUGAGGAUGAGAGACGCAAGUGUUGCAUCAUAUGAUCAUGUGAACGCGGCUCUCGACGCUGUGCUACAGAGUGGGGCAGCGAUUGCGGAGAAGAGGGAUGGGCUGGCUUUCGAGGAUCGGCUCGUUGAACAUACACCUGCAAUACCAGAACAAAUGGGGAACUAG